AUGCAAGGCAAGUCGCGUUACUAUCGCCUGUCCAUGAGAUUUGGGACCGGCUGUGUGAUGAUUCCGGGUUCGGACAGCCAAGGCAACCAGUUGAACCGCCAAGGGCAGAGCGUUCGGCGUCUUUCGAAGGUACGCGUGCAGGGUGGGCUGGUGGUGGGCACACAGGAUGAUGUGAUGCUGGUCAACAGGCAGAGUCUGAUGGCGGAUGGUUCUGCAUACAGCAGCACCAAGAUGUUGGUCUGUAAAGGACAAAAGUGCCUUGGUUGGGAUGCUUUGCGAUCACUGCGCAAGGUUAUCGGAAAGCAAAAGAAGAGAGUAGGGAAAAGAGAGGCAAAACCGGUUGGGCAUUAG